AACUAUUCUGAAAGGUGUUUGUAAUCUUGAAAGUGAAUGAUAAAAUUAAAGUAACAACGAAGAUUGUUUCAUUCCAAUAGUAUGGUUAAAUCAGAGCUGAACAAGAGAGAGUUCUUUCCUCGAAUCCAAUAUGCAUUUCCUAUUUUGUACGACAAGAUUCAAAACGAAUGUACAGAUGAAGAAUUCACUAAUGUUGUUAAGGAAAUAAAGUCCUUGGGUUUGACGCAGUUCGUUGAAGAUGUAGUUAUUUAUCACAUAGAAUUACACAUUCGACAAAAUGUAGCACCUGCGUUUUGGAAGAAUUUUACGAUCACGGCUGAUGAGCAAACAGGCUUUGAACAUUUCAAAAGUGCCGUGGAUGGAUUGUAUAUGAGCCUGACAGAAUUCUUACCAUUGUUAAAGAGAUUAGAAUAUCUAACUGAAAUCGAGGCUAAUCAAAGUACAACGAGUGGACACAAUGUACUGAGCCAGUUUAAACUAAUCGUGCGUUCCACGUUGUUAAGUCAGCUACCGUUGCGGUAUGAACAUAUCAUUGAACAAUUCUAUAGAAUUGCGUUCAACGUGUUUUGUAAUGCAGACAGCUCGACUCAUGUUAGCACUGGAAAUGAUUCGAACCAAUGCAUGGGCUGCUAUCAAGAACUGGAGAAAUGCCAGUGCCAGAUGAUAGUAUUUAUGUUUCACGAAACCAACAGAAAAUUAAUUGAAUUAGAAUUACUAGAGAGAUUGGUUGGAAACGUUCUCACAUCGUUGAUACACAUACGUAUAAAAAAUCACGUGAAUCAGUCGUGUGACAAAACGUUUGAUGUCUCGCAAUUAACAUCACUGGAAAACUGGCUUGAAACAGUUGUUGUCAGUUGGUUGAUACGAAUAUAUUCCGGCGGCUUUUCAAAGAUCGUAUCCCUGAGCGAUCAGACCCGUAACGCUAUAGACAAAUUUAAGCAAAAGCUGUCUCACUUCUUAUAUGAGACGUACACAAGAUUCAGGAUCGAACAACUCUUCGAUAUUAUAAUCGAGUAUCCUGACUCUCAGCCUGCGAUAGACGAUUUACGUAUUUGUCUGGAACGGACCGAUUUACGAAAAGUAUUGAUAGAAAGUUUGCAAGAGGCUUUGAAAACGAGACUACUGCACCCAGGCGUCAACACUCCUGAUAUAAUAACAGCUUACAUAGCAGCUAUAAGAGCGUUGAGACAACUGGACCCUACAGGUGUACUCCUUGAAACUAUCACCGAGCCAAUUAAAAUUUAUCUGAAAACGAGGGAGGAUACUGUCCGUUGCGUUGUCAGCGAUUUACUCGAUGAUUCACCGAGUGAUUUGGCCGACGAGUUAGUUAAAGGAGAGUCGUUGCAAUUAGACGAUGGCUCCGGGGACGAAGAGAACGAAGAUUGGGACAAAUGGAUGCCAGAUCCGGUCGACGCUGAUCCUGCGAAAUCAGCGCAGCGGAAGAUGUCGGACAUCAUAUCGAUAUUAGUGAACGUUUAUGGAAGUCAAGAUUUAUUCGUGAACGAAUAUCGUACAUUAUUAGCGGAUAGACUGUUGUCUCAAUUGAAUUAUCAUACAGAACGCGAGAUUCGGCACUUGGAAUUGUUAAAAAGGCGUUUCGGGGAGAACCAGCUUCAUUAUUGUGAAGUCAUGUUGAAAGAUGUGUACGAUUCUAAACGGAUCGACGGUCACAUACAAUCCGAUGCUAAUUACACUCUUGAGAAAGAACACUUCCCUACGUCCGCAUUAAUAUUGUCGGCACAAUUUUGGCCACCGUUCAAAGAAAAUUGGAAGCUGGAAUUACCGAAGGUCGUACAGAAUCAGUUGAACAAGUACGUGAAAGCGUUCGAGACUUUAAAGGGUAACAGGACGCUCUGUUGGAAGCCGCAUCUUGGAAACGUCACCUUAGAAAUCGAAUUGAAGGAUAGAAAGGUGGAAAUGAAUGUGACGCCGAUACACGCCACGAUAAUCUUACAUUUUCAAGACAAAAAAGAGUGGACCCUGGAAGAGCUCGCGGAAGCGAUGCAUGCUCCCGCGACUGUGUUAAGAAGGAAAAUAAGCUUUUGGGUUUCGCAGGGUUUGUUGAAAGAAAUUUCUAACGACGUUUUCAUACUGCAAGAAGAGAGCUCAACGAAAAACAGAUCUCUGCCGGAUAUCGUCGAGGAGGAGGAAGUGGAGAGCGUGAUGGCAUCGGCGAGCGAUCAAAGGGAAGAGGAGUUACAAGUGUUCUGGUCUUAUAUCGUCGGCAUGUUGACUAACUUGGACUCGAUGCCGCUGGAAAGGAUUCAUCAGAUGUUGAAAAUGUUCGCGUCUCAAGGGCCGGGAGCGAUGGAAUGCGGCCUGCCGGAAUUGAGGCAGUUUCUCGAUAGAAAAGUUCGUGAACAUCAAUUACUGUUCUCCGGUGGUUUAUACCGUUUACCAAAAUCAUAACUCCAGCCAAAGGUGACUAGCAUUCUUUGUUAUUCAAUUAAUUUAAUUCCGCGAUGUGAGUACCUAAGAUCGAGCUGUAAAUAUUCGCGAAUAUUUAAUAAACUGUGGUAAUUCUAUAAAGUAUAGUCUAA